CAAUACAUCAGGCUGUGCUCGAGGAGCCUGCGCCUCUUCACAUGAGCCGCUAAUGAAUCUCCAUGUGAAUUCACAAGUCAUGUUUUGCCAAAAGAUUCAGCCCCACCAAAUUCUCUUUUUCCUAUUUUCUAUCUCACCCCACACACAUUUUACACACAAUUGACUCCGCCAAUAGGGGGGCCCAACCACCGUCCCCUAUCCCCUCCUCUAUCUUUCCCCCUUUCCGUCUCAGAUAUUUCCACCUACUCAAACAACGUCCGUCGCAUGGUCAAUGAUCACCGUCCUCACUUCUCCGAUCAUUACUCCGCCGUCCAAACCACCGGCCAAUUCACCAACCUAGGUUUUUAAAUAACACUCCCUCCGAGCUCAAUUCUCCAUGGACGGUGAUAAUUCAGUGGAGCUCUGCACUUCAAUUCACGAUAUGGACGACUCGCAGCUAGUUGGAGCUCCCGUAGUGAUGUCCACGGAUGCUGAGGUUGCUGCUACUAAGUUGGCUGUGCAGGUGAAGACUUCGGUGGCGAUGAUCGGCUCCGUUGAGAAGCGGAAGCGAGGACGGCCGCCACGUGGAGCUGUGGCAAAAGUUCAGUCACCAAAGAGACAGCUACAGGAGGACGACGAGGGGGAAGAUGUUUGCUUCAUUUGUUUCGAUGGUGGUUCUCUUGUCCUAUGCGAUCGCAAGGGGUGUCCGAAGGCUUACCAUCCAUCUUGUAUAAAACGAGACGAGGCAUUUUUCCGAUCCGACGCUAAGUGGACCUGCGGUUGGCAUAUUUGUAGUGUAUGUCAAAAGGCUUCCCAAUAUAUGUGCUAUACUUGUACAUAUUCAGUGUGCAAAGGAUGUACAAGAAAUGCUGAUUACUUCCGUAUUCGAGGAAACAAAGGCUUUUGCUCAACAUGUAUGAGAAUGAUCAUGCUGAUUGAGAAAAUAGACCAAGGGAACAAGGAGAUGGUUCAAGUAGAUUUUGAUGACAACAGCAGCUGGGAGUAUCUUUUCAAGGUAUACUGGAUGUAUGUAAAAGAAAAGCUAUCAUUAACUUUAGGUGAACUAAUUCAAGCUAAAAGCCCAUGCAAAGAAUCAGAUGCAAUUGCUAAGAGACAGCGACUACCUUUUGGUUAUCGUGUUGCCCUCGAUGGAAAAGGUACUAGGGGCAACUCUUAUGACAAUUUAGAGCUGAAGAAAUCCAAACAAUCGCUAGAGCCACCUUGCAAGGAUCCUCCAAGCACUGAAAACCGAACAAUUGUUGAGCCUGAACGUUUAAGUGUUGCUGGCUGUACUCCACAGUUGGAGCUAACACAGCCCAUAGAACUAGAGUUACAGAAUAAAGAUUCUUUGGAGACAGAAGAAGCAAGCACCAGCAUGGUGACAUCUUUGACUGGACGCAUGGAAUGGGCAUCCAAAGAGCUUUUGGAGCUUGUUGCACGCAUGAAAAAUGGUGAUACUUCUGCUUUAUCUCAUUUUGAUGUGCAGGCAUUAUUACUAGAGUACAUUAAGAGAAAUAAUCUUCGAGAUCCUCGCCAGAAAAGUCAAAUAAUUUGUGAUUCGAGGCUCAAAAGUCUUUUUGGAAAACCUCGCGUUGGCCACAUAGAAAUGCUAAAGCUUCUUGAGUUUCACUUUCUGAUAAAGGAGGGUUCGCAGAAGAGUGCUUUUAUACCAGCUGGAAUUGUUGGAACUGUUACUAACCAUGUGGAAGCUGAUGACAAUAUUGAUAGCUCAUUCUUGAAAAAUAAAACUAAGAAACGUAAAUCUCGUAGAAACUCUGAAGAAAAAUUGGUGCAGAUUAAUCUAGAUGAAUAUGGUGCAAUUGAUGCUCACAAUAUCAAUCUCAUAUAUUUGCGGCGUAAUUUGAUGGAGAGUCUCAUGGAAGAUAUGGAAAAGUUCCACGGCAGAGUUAUUGGCUCAGUUGUCCGUAUAAGAAUAUCUAGUAACAAUCAGAAGCAAGAAAUGUACAGGCUUGUUCCUGUUAUAGGUACAAGCAAGGCACUUAUUCCAUACAAGAUUGGAGAUAAGACAGCUGAUGUACUUCUUGUAGUAUUAAACUUAAACAAGAAAGAGGCUGUAGCUAUUGAGUCUAUUUCAAAUCAAAAUUUCUCUGAGGAUGAAUGCAGAAGAUUACGUCAGAUUAUAAAAUGUGGGCUUGUAAAGCGGCUGACAAUAGGUGAGAUACAGAAGAAAGCAAUGGAACUCCGUGCUGUAAAACUCAAUGAUUCUCUGGAAGAAGAGGUACUGCGGCUCAUCCAUCUUCGUGAUCGAGCAAGUGAGAAUGGGCGUAAAAAAGAGCUCAGAGAAUGUGUAGAGAAAUUAGAGCUUCUGAAGAUGCCUGAGGAGCGGCGGAGGAGGCUACUCGCAAUUCCAGAAGUGCGUGCCGAUCCAAAUAUGGAUCCUAAUUACGAAUCUGAAGAAGAUGCUGGAGCAUCCGACUUCAAGAAACAAGUUGAAUAUGAGGGGCCAAGAUACACUAGAUUUAAUAGAAGCCAAGACAAGCUUAUGUCUUCACGGAGGAAAGCUAAAGAGGGAUCUAUGCCAUGUAAAAUGAGUGAGAAAAGAGAGGCCCAUGGAAAUAAUAUCUUGAAGAAGCUAGGAAAUCAAGAUACUGCAUGUCUGGCUGUGGAUAGGUCUGCAUCUGAAACUUCAAUUGCGAGCCUCUCUACAGUGGACUCAACAUCCGCUAACAGUAGUGAAACAGACAAACUUUGGCAUUACCGUGACCCUAGUAGUAGAAAACAAGGGCCAUUUUCAGUGAUGCAGUUGAGGAAGUGGAAUAAGUCGGGGCUUUUCCCACCUGAUAUGAGGAUAUGGACAGAUGAUGAGCAUGAUGACUCAGUACUUUUAACUAAUGCACUAAAGGGGCUGUUCCAUAAAGCCCCUCGGCCGCAUGAUGAGAUAUCACACCAGUCUCAGGAGCUUGGUGCUGCUUCUGUAAGCAGUAGUGCUGGUGCGUGUAAAAGUGCAACUGGAACAGGGAGAGAAUGUGGAGAGAGGGAGGUACCUUGGCACCUCCGUGUUACAAACAACCAUUCUAAUGGUAACACCGACACUACGAGGAUGGAUGGAUUAUCCUCAUCUGUUCCAAAAUCUUUGGAUUUGAAUAACUCUUAUUCUUACAAACCCCGACCAUCCAGUCCAGUCCCUCCAUCCAGUCAUGGGAAUGUGCAGGGAGAUCCUCCACAUGGGAAAAGAUGCCAUAAAAUUUUUCAGUCCAGUACCAGUCAUAUGGUCCAGGACUCAAGUGGAAGCACAAUAUCCCAAAUAUCUGAUGGCCGCAACCAUAGUAUGCUAUCCAACAGUCGGAGGCAUUUAGGACAGUCGUCUGGACAGAACUGGGGAUCCUUAACCAGUAAUAGAAGUUCGGUUAACAUAAAUUCUGGAUAUAAUUUUGCUUCAGUUACUGAGUUUGGUGAUUCAUUGGAACAGAAAGAUAUCAAGAAUUAUCCAGAUCUGCCCAGUCCUACCCCACAAACAAGCUAUGCCGAUGUUGAAGCUCAGGCUGCUGAAAAGCCGCUUUCUGUUAGUUCGGUUGUUCCAGUUUGUGCUUCAAAUGUCCAGGAUUUACCAAGUCCUACUCCAAACUUGAAAGACGAAGCUCCAGUUGGGCAGGCAGCAGCGGACAAAGAAUCUUUUCCUUCUAGUUUAACUGUUCAGCAUUCAGGCUCUAGCUGGAGCAGUGCUUCUAGUCUAGUGAUCAGUCGGGCCCAGCUUCAUGAAAUAGCGAAUGGAUGGGGCGGAUGUUCACCAGCUAUGAAACCAUCUGUGGACUCUGAUCUUGUAUCUGAUUCUUCACUGAAACCAGCUGAAACAGUGUGUGAUCGUGUCGAUGCACCUACUUCAGAUGCCAACCAACUCGAUCGUAAUUCCUCAUCUCAUCCAAUCUCAAACUGUUCCGAUUGGCGAGCAACCUUUUACGAGCCAAUUGAGUUCAGCACUCUAGAUGAGGAAUCGGUGUCAGAUCUAUUAGCUGAAGUCGAUGCAAUGGAAUCUCAAAAUCAAAGUGGUAUGGCUUCACCCACCUCAGCCAUGAGGUGCAGUGAUGAGAUGAUACCUGUGUGCACUAGUGACUGGUUCAGCUCUAUUGAGGAGCUGACUCGCACACCUGAUCCUGCAAAUAGUGAUGCCUUGAUAUCCACUGAAGAUGCUCAAUUACCUUGUCAAUCCUCUCUGACAGAUGAACUAGCGGGGGCAUCACCGGCUGUUGUAUUUGAUCCUUUAAAGAGGUCUAGUGGGAGUUCAUCUUCUAGCAGCGAGGGAGAAACAUAGUCGGCUGAUGUUUCCUUUUCCCAGGGAGAAGCUGGGUCCAACGUAUCUAACCCUCUACCACGAGCCAAGAAACUGCAGCUUCAGCGAUGAGCCGGAGUACAGUACUGGAAGCAAUGACCGCUGAUUGUUGGGCAGCAUCUGGAAACAGGAUUUCGGGUGCACCGAUUCAGGGAUUUACGAAUGGUAGUCAGGGUAGCUACAUGGAAACUGCAUGGGGAAGUUCACACAUGAACGUGCCACUUUUACUGGGAAUCCAGCAUUUGGAACACAGUAUAUAUAUGUACAGGGGAGAGGUCUAGUUGUCCAGGAGAUUGGGUUGUUCCAGUUGGGUACUUUGGAUUUGGUAGGGAUAGGUCAUUGAGCAGACAGCCAUUUGGUGCUGGGGGUUACUCUAGGCCUCCUACCAAAGGGGACAGUUUGUAAAUUUUAUUUGAGUGGGCGUUGCAGGAAGGGAGAUUCAUGCGACUGUAUCCACACGUGAAGGUGAGAAGUUAAAGGCGAGUUCACGGCAAUUUCUUUAAUUUUUUUUUGUACAACCAAAAUCUUUUACAGUAAGAUGUAAGCUAAACUCUCAUAAUUCAACCGAAAGAAUGCCAGUAAAAAUGGCAGUGUACAAAAUUAUUUUUCCCACAGAACCAUAAUGUUAACCUGGUAGAAACUAGUGCGCACUAAAGCAGGCAAAAACAAUUGUAUUUGUGUAUUAUCCUUGUAUUUGAUCCUGAAAAUAUUGCUAAUGUACAAGCUGCAGCAGUGAAUUGAUGAGAGUCACGAAUUCUGUACGUAUACAUUUGGAGAAAAGAGGUUCUGUUCUUUUGA